GGACAGCGAUUGGACAUCUAGGUUUCAACUCCUCCCUUAUAAUAAAGAGUGUGUGUGUCUCCUGUUGUAAAACACAGCAACACCGGGCGUCUGCGUCAGGAGGGAACACUCCACUCUGCGCAAUUACGCGGACUCCUAACUGGCACAGUGAUUAGAGAAAAACCAAAGGGCAUUUUUCCGGCUACUGAACCUCACAAGGUUGAAAUGGACUUUUAAGCAGGCCAUCCUGAUAAAUCCGAGGACUUGCUUCGUGCACUUCACUGCAGUUUACGGUACAACAGCUGUGAAUGUUAUGAUAUGAUUAUUACGCAUGUGCUCUGCGCGCAGCUGUAAAUAGUUGUCUUAUAAAUAGACAUUUUUUUCUUUUUAAAUAGCUUUCUUUCUUCUCUAAAAUUGGCUCCCGUACAAACAGCCGCGUUGGAUCCCUCGGCUUACUGCGAGACUCCGGUGUAUAACCCGGAUCUCUGCCCUAAUAUGAUAGCCGCGCAGGCAAAGUUGGUGUAUCACCUCAACAAAUACUAUAACGAGAAAUGUCAGUCUCGAAAAGCAGCCAUCUCCAAGACCAUCCGGGAGGUGUGCAAGGUGGUAUCGGAUGUCCUGAAGGAGGUCGAGGUGCAGGAGCCCCGCUUCAUCAGCUCUCUCAGCGAGAUGGAUAAUCGUUUCGAGGGACUGGAGGUCAUUUCGCCCACCGAGUUCGAGGUUGUGCUCUAUCUGAACCAGAUGGGAGUAUUCAACUUUGUGGAUGAUGGAUCUCUCCCGGGCUGCGCCGUGCUCAAGCUCAGCGACGGCCGCAAGAGAAGCAUGUCUCUCUGGGUUGAAUUCAUCACAGCCUCCGGUUACCUCUCGGCGCGCAAGAUCCGCUCGAGAUUUCAGACACUGGUGGCGCAGGCAGUGGAUAAAUGCAGCUACAGAGAUGUUGUCAAAAUGGUCGCUGACACCAGUGAGGUGAAGUUGCGCAUUAGAGACAGAUACGUGGUGCAAAUCACGCCGGCUUUCAAGUGCACUGGGAUCUGGCCACGAAGCGCUGCACACUGGCCUCUCCCUCACAUCCCCUGGCCGGGACCUAACCGAGUGGCAGAAGUUAAGGCGGAAGGUUUCAAUCUUUUAUCCAAAGAGUGCUACUCCCUGAAUGGCAAGCAGAGCUCGGCAGAGAGCGACGCCUGGGUCUUGCAGUUCGCCGAGGCCGAGAACCGGCUCAUCCUGGGUGGAUGCAGGAAGAAAUGCCUGUCAGUCCUGAAAGCGUUACGCGACCGUCACCUCGAGCUGCCCGGACAACCCCUGAACAACUACCACAUGAAAACUUUGGUUUCCUACGAGUGUGAGAAGCAUCCCAGGGAGUCAGACUGGGACGAGAACUGCCUCGGCGACCGCCUGAACGGGAUACUAUUGCAGCUUAUUUCAUGUUUGCAGUGCAGAAGGUGCCCGCAUUAUUUCCUGCCUAACUUAGACCUGUUCCAAGGAAAACCUCACUCUGCUCUAGAGAAUGCAGCCAAACAGACUUGGCGACUGGCAAGAGAAAUACUGACCAACCCCAAAAGCUUGGAGAAACUCUGAGGUAAAAAAUAUGUUAGUUCACCUCGUCUUAAAAAUUGUGGUAAAGAGGCCUAACGAGCUCAUAAGCGGACAGAAAAAUAUUGCCAACCAAUUUGCAAAGUCUUGUGAAAUGUGACUGUCCUCUGUUGUUGAAAUAUGUUUUGGCCUACGAUGACUUUUAUGACAGUUAAGUUUGCCAUUACCCCCAUGCACCUUUUGACGGUGUCAAUAUUUAGGAGCAAAUUAUUGGCUACCAUAAUCCAGGAGGCCACCUGAGCAGUGGUUCUUUUCUCUCCGUGCCACACGGUUGCCUAAAUACUACAUUUCCUUAAAUGCUUUAAAAUAAAGCCCCGUGACAAACUUUGGAAAAAUAAAAACACACAUCUGUACAUUUUAUACUGUAAAUACAUUCAUAGAUUGUGAUUCAAGUGGUCUGAAAUUGUGAAUGUUGUUCUGUGACACGUAAAUAGGAUCCACCUGUUUAAAUCUACUUCUGAACUUUUUCUUUAUCUGGUAGAAACGUUAUUAAUUUAUACUUGCAUCAGUGGUAGUCUGAUUCAUCUGUUUCAAUGGACAUGUCUCAUUUUUGAAAGUUUACAUUUUGAUAGGCGUACGACGUUUGCUACAUUGAAAACAUUCCAUCAAUUUACUUGAAUUAUUAUUUAAAGUACUCGAACAUGUUUUGGUUGUUGUUUAUCUCUACCAUGCUUAGGCCUACAUGAUGAAAAAAAAUGAAAAUGAUAACAUAUAUAUAGUAUAUAUAUAUUACAGUUUAAUUGAAAAAAAAUGCACUUGAAAUACACUGGAUUAUAACAUCUGUGAUCUGAUUUUUUAUUUCUGUCUUUGAUCUAAUUUAAAGAGCUAAUAAAACGAGCUGUUUUA